UCUCGAGCGCGCGAUGUCGACGGCGCGGUGCGCCCGCGCGCCGCGCGUCGCGCCCGCGCGCGCGCCGAGCGCGAGCGCGACGACGAAGCCGCGCGCUCGCGCGCGCGCGACGCGAGCGAGGGCGUUUUGGGAUCGCUUCGGUGUUUCGAAGACGGAUGACGUCCCGAGCGGUGAAAACGUCGACGCGGACGCGCGAGCGACGGCGACGGCGACGGCGACGACGACGACGCGCGCGGCGAAACCCACGGCAGAAGACUCGCUGAGCGCGCUGAGCGCGCUGCUCGGCGAGGACGAACGCGAGGCGAAAGCGGCGAGAGAGCUCGAGGAGGCGGACGCGCGGCGAGCCGAGGCGCAGGCGAGGGAACGCGAACGCAAGGAAGCCGGCGCGGCUCGACGACGCGAAUUCGUCAAGGCAGACGCGGCGACGACGAGGAUUCAAAGAUUGCAGGCGGUGUUUUUAGACGUUCCGCUGGGGAUGAUGGAUUUUUCGACGAUGAAGGACAAGACGCCGGGGGGCGAGGCGCUGGGGCCGGAACCGGAGUGGUUCAAGCUUCCCACGGAGGUGUUCGAUAAGGUCACGGGCGAGCGGUUCGUGGUGGAGGAAGAGAGCGACAGUGGGCUGGAGUUGAAGCCCAAAGGCAGCGGCGAGAGCGAGGGAGACUCGGGCGAGAUCGUGCGAUUACCAGGAGAGUUUCAACUUCCCGUAAUUCCGUACCCAUUCGUGGCGACGCCUGGGACGUACGUGAGAUUGAACUUGUUUGAGCCGCGUUGGUUGACGCUGUUCUCGAAGCUCAUCCCGGGCGGUGACGAGAGCGCGACGGAUAAAGCGACGGAAUCACGACCGUCGAGCGAGGUGAAGACGGACGAGGACGGUUUCGGCGCGAGCACAGUUCGCCGACGCGUGUUGCGCGGAAUCGAUGGCAAGGCGAAAAUCGAUCUCAACGCUUUGCCAAUCAUCGAGGCGUACGAAACCGGCGCGCGCUCGUUCGACAUCGUUCCCGGUUUCGGGCGAUUGCCCGAGGACGAAUUCGUCGACACGAACGCUUUCGGUGCGGUGUUUCGUGGGUUGGAUGGGCAAAUCGCGAGCGUGGGCACCACGAUGGAGGUGCAAGCGCACGACGUCGUCGUCGACGGUCGUUUGUUGAGCGUGUGCGCCAAAGGAACGCGGCGUUUCAAGGUUUUAAGAGUGGCGCAGACCGAACCGUACGUCAUCGUCGACGCCGUGCCGAUCGAAGACGACGACCAGUCUUCGGUCGUGACGCCAGACCAGGCGUCGGCGGAGGCGGUGAACGAGGUGUUCGAUUUAAUGAAAGUGGUCGACCCAUAUUACAUGGAGGCGAUCGGUUUAGAGGACGUCUCCAAGAGUGACGUGAAAGAUAUGACCGAGUUCGACUUAGCGAACGUCAUGUACUACACCCAUCCGACGCUCGCGUUGAAGCUCUUGGCGUCGAAGGACUCCGCGCUGCGCAAGCGCGUCGUCCUCGCCUCGGCCAAGAGUUUCAAGCGCGCCAUCGAGCUCGGGUUCACCCCUCGCAAGAGUCGACUAUUAUCGUCCUUCGUCAAUUUGGCGUUAUUAUUCGGCGUCGGUUUCACCAUUCUCGCCAUUAAGAACGCGCUCGAGGGCGACCCGUCCGGGUUGGAUGAUUUUUACUAGGCGACGGGCGACGACGCGCAGACGCGCCCGCGCAGCAGCACGCACGCACGACGUAGAUUUAUCACUCACACACGAUGGAUUU